AUGGUAAAACACGCAAAUCUCACUCCAUUACGCAAAAUAAAGCCCUGUGUCAAGAAUGCGACAACUAUUCACGAAUCUAUUGAAUCUGAAGACAAUUCUCAAAAAAUGAAGAAAGAAAUUGCAAUUAGACUUGCUGUCGCGCUCCAAGAUAAAUUCAAGGGGCACUGGUAUCCUGAUGAUCCCAGUAAAGGCCAAGCAUACAGAUGCAUAAGGAUCAAUAGUCUUCACAGGGAGGAUCCAGAGCUCCAGAGAGCUUGUCAGGAAAGUGGCAUUGAGUACCAGGAGCUUAAACUGCCACAGGAACUCACUUUAUGGGUGGAUCCUGGGGAAGUCUGUUGCAGAUAUAAGGAGGAUGCGCCUUACUUUUCUGUGGCCAUGUUGUCGAAAGAUGAGGAUGAAAAGGAAGUUGCUAAGAACGUGGCCAAAGCCUUGGAGAGAGUAACGUCAGAUUACCACUCAGGUUCAUCCUCUGAUGAGGAGACGGCACAUAACACUCUCGCAAGAGUAAAUCACUACUGCAAUACCAAGGUGAACGAUUUUCCUCAUUGGCAUUCCAAUAAAAUGGCAAAAGGUAGUGCUCACAUAUUUCCAAAACCACACCAUAUGUCAAGACCUGGCCUCAAGCCUGUGCCACACCACAUCAUGAAGCAACAUCUGUGGGCGGCUGCACAACGACGCCGCAUUGGAUACUGGGGAGCGCACCAACACUUCCAUCAAUACUAUUAG